UUCUCUCCCUAGCUCUUCAUCAUGGUGGACUUGUUCCUGGAUCGGGUUUUGGUGAAGAACAACUGGGACCAGGAUGAGCUUAACACAGAACGGGAAAUCAUAGGCACCUUGGAGAACAGGAUUCUGAUGCUUUUCUUCGCCUGUGCUGGAUGUGAGAAGUGCAGAGAGUUUGUCCCUAUACUCAACGACUUCUUCAAACGUCUUAAGGACCCUUUCUACAUAGAAAACCCAGCAUUGUUAGCCCUGGUCUACAUCAGUUUGGAUCAGACAGAGGAGCAACAGGAAAAGUUUCUAAAAGAGCUGCACAAAAAGUCUUUGUUCGUGGCAUUCGAGGACUCGUACAAAAAGGAGCUGCAGGCGAAGUUUGACGUGAUCAACGUUCCGACGGUGGUGGUCCUCCGGCCCGACGGAUCGAUCCUCUCCGCAAACGCCGUGGACGAAAUCUGCCGCCUGGGCGCAGCCGACUGUUUCCGGAACUGGCAGGAGGGGGCGGAGCUUGUGGAGCGGAGCUUCAUGCUCAACGAGGAGUACGAUGACCUCAACCUGCGCAGCGCCACCGACCCCGUCCGAAGGCUCAAGUACAAGACGGAGGACGACAAGAGGAGGAAGAAGUGGUGGGACUUUUGGGGGAAGGGAAAGUAUGAAGAGGAAGAGGACUAGGAGGAACGUGCUGCUGGGCAACGAGGGCCAGAGGUGGGAGAACACGACGAACCAAUGAGGAGCGAGGUCUAGAGCACGGACAGUGGACACCUUUUUUUACACUGCCCUAGGUAGGGCUGCUAUGGUUAAUAUUGAAAUCACGAUUACUUUUGAGUUUGAAAACAUGAUGAAUUUAUUCAGCAUUUCUCUCCAAAAAACACUUU